ACUUCACAUGACAGAUUUUGUUUGCAAUUGGUCUUCAUACGAUUACUGCUUCCGCGCGGGUUGGAGAGAGGUGAAAUAAAAUUAAAAUGGCUGACCAAAUCGAUAAGCAAAAUGAACCUAGCAAGAAAACUGAAAAAGAGCAAAGUCAUGGGUGCGGAUGGUUUGGAUUUCGGCCUAAGAUACUGGAGCCUUUGGGUUCGCCUUUUCUGCUGCUUGUUUUGCUCUGUGGAUAUUUUAUAAUCAACAGCAUUGUCAUAAAUGGUAUUUAUUCGUCGUCUGUCUCAACAAUAGAAACCAGAUUUUCACUGACGAGCAGUCAAAUGGGAAUGGUAACAAGCAUCUAUGACAUCGCUGCAUUGAUAUUCAUUGGACCUGUGAGUUACUACGGGGUUAGAAACAAGCCGGUUGUGCUUGGUAUUGGAAUGAUAACUAUGGGCGUCGGCUACGUCAUCUUUCUGUUGCCACAUCUCUUAGCAAAGGAAUAUGUACCAGCCACCACAAGCAGCUUAGUAUUGGCAAACUUUUCAAGCCCACUGGUAUGUGCAUCGCAAUCGAGCCGUGCUCCUGCCGGUUCUUGUAAUGCCAAAGAAGAGACGACAAUGCCUUAUCAAUUGUUCUUGGCUGGGAUGUUUAUAGCUGGUGCGGGGUGUGCCCCUAUGAUUAGCCUUGGCAUUCCAUAUAUGGAUGAGAGUACUUCGCGGGAGAACUCCCCACUUUACGUUGGAGCUUUCCAGACAUCGGGGAUCUUAGCGGCUGUUGGUGGGUUCGUGGUUGCCUCUGCAUUCCUCAAAAUAUUCGUCCAUCCGAGUGUGUCAGUAAACAUUACACCUCAAAGCCCCUCUUGGAUCGGAGCAUGGUGGCUUGGUUUUGCUAUAUUCGCUGCUUUUGCAUUAGUCGUUGGAGUCUGCUUGAGUGCAUUGCCAAAGACUCUGCGACGCAAGACGCAAGUACAGACAAAUGGUGGCGGAUCAGAGGAAAAGGAACCGGAAACUAAGAAAGACGAACAAGUCAGUCCAACUUUGAGAGAGUUGCCUGGUAUACUGAAACUGUUGAUUCUCAAAAAUCCAACAUUUGUGUUUACAUCAAUGGCUGUAUCGAUACAAUCUCUGCUGAUCAGUGGAAGCACUGCAUUCAACCCAAAGAUAGGCCUUUUCCAGUUUCGACUCACUGCCUCUGAGGCAAGUGUUCUUUAUGGAUUAACCGCUGGUUCAGGUGCAAUCAUUGGCAAUGUGGCAGGCUCUCUGAUCAUAAAGAAAUUGAAGCUAAGUACCCUUGGCAUCAUGAAAAUGGUAGUGGCUGUAUCUGUUCUCAACGUGGUCACUUCUACGUACACAUUUAUUCACUGCGACACAUAUCCAGCGGCCGGAGUGAACACAAAAUUCUACGAUGCUCAGAGCUCCACAGGCAUUUCGCUGAAUAGCCAAUGUAACAGAAACUGCAGCUGUGCAAAAAAUCUGUUUGUACCUGUUUGCGUGGGCGGGCUCACGUAUGUCAACCCAUGUUUUGCUGGUUGUAGACAACAAAAAGGCCCUUUCAGUUUUGCAAACUGCUCUUGUACCGCAAAGAUUGAAAAGCCUGCAACUGUUGGAUUGUGCAAGUCAUCGUGCGGUGCUUGGAAAACAAUAUACUUUAUCCUUUCCUGGGUCUCUGGAUUUUCAAUUAUGCUCAUGGCGGCUCCUGCUACAGUUAUAACGUUGAGAUGCGUGCCUUUCAACCACCGAAGCUUUGCAAUGGGGCUACAGUGGAUGCUUGUAAGAGUUCUCGGUUCUAUACCAGGUCCAGUCUUGUUCGGAUACAUAAUUGACCAAUCCUGUGUGUUCUGGGUGAAAUCAUGCAAGAAUUCUCAAGGAAGUUGCAGGAUUUACAAAAACAAAGAACUAGCAAGGUCGACUGGAAGCCUUUGCGUCACUAUCAGUGGAAUAACAUUGCUAUCCAUUGUAUUAGCCUAUAUUUCUUUAAAAAGGCAAAUGAGAAGUGAAAAUGAAUCGGUUUUCAACAUUGAGAAAGAAAAUAGAGACAUUCAGACAAAACUUUAAGAUGCAGACCGAGUUAGGAGUUUUUGUUUACCAAAAAUGUAUAGUCUCUUUUUCAGAAGAGCGGACCUUUUAUGGGAAAAGAGGCUCGAUUGCCAAAUAACGAACAACAUGAGAAUAUGGUCAGCCUCGGAUGAAAUAUCAGAAGAGAAAAGCGAUGAGAUUUUAGAUUUUAGAUAAACACAGUGAAUGGUGCAUGUCCUCGUAUGUUGAAAAAAGUUGCAAAAACUGCAUCCUAAAAAAUAUUUUAAAUUUUAAAAUGUCUAUCAACUUGUGUAACGGGAUGUCCACAAGGGAAAUAAAAAAAUGAAUAAUGGCAACGUGACUUCAAUUGCAGCAACAGAGGCAGUUUGUCACCAGGGUCGAUGAAAGCCAUUAAACUGCAUGAAAGUCACAAGUUAUAUCUAGCAGGCAGACACUCAACUCAGAUUCGUUGAUUUCCAAUGACAGUUUUCUAGCCACUCUAAAACAUCAGACACAAACUGUUGACUGUUGAGGCAAAAAUGUUGAAUUCCACUCUCUUAUAAAUUCAUUCAACCCCAAAGAUGUAAAAUAUAUUCAUUGAGCGAAACAAUUUCUUGCAUUUUGUAGUGUUUUUAAUUAUAAAGAAUAAUGAUUUGGAAUUAGUAAACAUUGCGUAGUCCGCCUUUUUGUCUUUCUGACGUAUCUAAUAAGAUCUAAUAAGAAUUACCAGAAUUAUCUUAAAUGAUAUGGUCACUUCAUGCUGAAGAAAAAUACUGACUGAUUGAUCUACAUGGCUGGGGAUAUGAUGGUAGGCGUAUGGCUUGAAUCCUUUCAAUUGGAGGAUAUUUAUUUAUAUUAUUGCUCGAACAUGUAAAAUUUAGGAUUACUACUGAUGGAUAUCAGGAUUACAGGAAGUAUCUGUAGGUCAGCUUUUCACGAAACAGAUUGUUGUAAUUGCUAAAAGCCCGGGGUAUUUGUUUGGACCCAGUCCAUCUUCUUGUCAGCCACAGCGUUGACAACACCUUUCAUUGUUUUCGGUACACAAUGCACUUACCCACGUUAGUUAAUGAGUAGUUAGUUAAUCGCUCGCGAAGCUAUGGUCACGUAAAUUGUAAAUAGAUUUCUUGGGUUAUUAUAAAAAAGGAAAACGUCAA